ACACAAAGCUAGGAAUUAAAAAUAUUUUCUAGCAGAAACGUUUGGUUCCCCUGUACUGACGAGAAGCGAAACUGUGCCCGUUUGAAUUUGUUAUAAACGAAAGUGGCAAAGUUACAAAAUAUUUAUGGACAGCAUUGAUAUAUUUUAAUGAAGGAGAAGUGAACGAACAUGAACGAAGAACAGUCAGGAAUAGACGGACUUGCCCGUAAAAUAAAGGAAAAGUCAGGUGAACAAGAGGGAAUUCAAAAGAAGACGUUUACAAGAUGGUUGAACAUACAGAUUAGCAAGGCUCGUGCAAACGCUGAAGUGAAGGAUAUUUUCAAAGAUCUUCGAGAUGGUACCAAACUCAUUCUUCUUCUCGAAAUUUUAACUGGAACAAAAGUUAAACGAGAAAAAGGACGAUUGAGAGUUCAUCAUCUUAACAAUGUUGGUCAUGCAUUGAAUUUCCUUACUUCUCAAAACGUUAAAUUUGUUAACAUUCGUAAUGACGACAUUGUCAACGGCAAUCCUAAACUGACGCUAGCGUUGAUAUGGUGCAUUAUUUUACAUUAUCAGGUGAGCGAUGUUCUACGUGAUGUUUUUGGUGAUAAUGUACAAGAUAUGUCUAAAGUUGAAAAGACACUUCUUGACUGGUGCAAACAAUCAACUAAAGGUUACGAAGGUGUAAACGUAGUUAACUUAACAACAAGUUGGAGAAAUGGACUUGCAUUUAAUGCUCUCAUUCAUCGUCACAGACCUGAUCUGUUUGACUAUAAGCCGUUACUAAGAAACAACUCGCGUGAAAAUCUUGAGCAUGCGUUCAAAGUUGCUCAUACACAUCUUGGCGUAGGAAUGUUACUGGAACCGGAAGAUGUUGACAGAGAUCGGCCGGAUAAGAAAUCAAUCAUGAUGUAUUUAACAUCAUUGUUUGAUACACUCCCUCACGAAGAGUACCAGGAAGAAAUUCAGAGCCUACCUGUCACCAAAAGUACUCAAAAUGAAAACGAAGCUUUACCCGGUGAGGAGAAAACGUCAUCACCUGGAGAAUGGCGGGAUUAUAACGAAAAAUUGAGCGACGUUCUCGCAUGGCUAGAGAAAGCAGAGAAACAGUUGAACAGUCAAGCAAAGAUCUCAGAUGAUGUCGAUGAUGUGAAGGAUCAGUUUCAUGAUCAUGAGAAGUUUAUGAUUGACUUGACCAACCAUCAGUCAAACAUUGGCAGCGUGUUGGAGUUUGGAAACCAAUUGAUUAGUGAAGCAUUAGUUGGAGAGAAGGAAGAACAUCAGAUUAGAGAGCAAAUGAUCAUGUUGAAUAAUCGUUGGGAGGCAUUGAGGUUGGCUGCUAUGGAUCGACAAAGCAAGUUACACGAGCAAUUGAUGGAUUUACAGCAGAAACAAAUCGAUGAGCUUGGGUCAUGGCUCACAUCUGCUGAAGCUAAAAUUGAAGGCAGUGCUCCUGUUGGCUCUGAUACUGAAACAGUUGAACGGCAGAUUGAAGAUCACAAGCAUUUCCAAGAAGACCUUGAAGCACAACAACAGAAAGUGAAUUCGCUGACCCAUAUGGUUGUCGUAGUUGAUGACAAUGCUAAUGAUAAUGCCACAGCUGAACUUGAGGAACAGUUGGGGAUAAUGGAGGAGAGAUUUUCCAGAGUUUGUACAUGGACCGAGGAAAGAUGGGAACAAUUGCUAGUGUUGCAGAUGAGUUGGCAACAAUAUUUAGUCGAAGAAAGUCGUCUAAACGAAUGGCUAACAUCGAAAGAACGAGAAGUUAGCGAAAUGAACAAGAUUGACGCAAGUAACAUUGAUGAUGUUCACAGAACAAUAGAUCAGCUACAGAUAUUAGAAGUGGAAAUGACUGAAAAGCAGGCGUCUUUCCAAGAUUUCAAUGAUGCUGCUCGAAAAGUUGCCGAAAAUGUCCCUGAAGAUUCUGCUUUAGUCAAACAGAUACAAGAUCAGAUGGAGGAUUUCAAUGAAAGAUGGAAAGCUCUUACAUCUCAAGUCAUUCAACGUAUAUCACUGUUGAAAGGACUUGACAUAAAGCUGAUACAAUUGAAAAACGAAAUUGAUGAUAGUUUACAGUGGAUGGAUGAUACUCAGACUUUACUUAAUACACCAAUGAGUGAACCAACUAAAGUUUCUUCAAAAGAGCUUGAAGAAAAGGAAGAACUUAUUCAGUCAUUAGACAACGCAGUUAAGAAACGUAAGACAAGCAUUAAUGAUGAAAUGAACAAAGCCGAGGAGAUAAUUGCUGAAACAAAGAGUGUUUCUUGUCGCGCAACGACUGUGGAACAAUUGUUGGCAGACUUUACUUCUCGUUGGGAGAAAUUGUGUAGUUUACUAGACGAAAGAAAGAAAUGGUCUUUCAGUUCUAUCAUUGAGGUUAUUGCAACUCUUGAGGAGAGAAUUAUUGAAGCUGAACAGGAACUUGAUCGUAUGGAACAAAUUCCUGACGAUGAGAUGAGGAUACAAGAACAGAAAAAAAUAAUCGAGCCUUUGGAGCAAGCAAUUGCUGACAACGAACCCACCGUAGCAGCUGUAAACAGGACAGGGAAUGAGAUUAUUAAACACUCCAGUGUAGAUGAAGCAGAAAUCGUUUGUAAUAAACUUGACGAUCUCAAUAGACGCUGGAAGAUUAUUUGUACAGAAGUUUCAGAUAAACAGUAUAGCAUGAAUGAAGAAGAUUUGGAGUAUGAGGAGUUAGCUAAUGAAUCACAAGAUCUAACUCAAUGGAUGACUCAAGUGGAAGUAUCGCUGGCUCAACCUGAUCCAUCUCCCGCUGAUCUUGAUGGACUGCAGCAUCAACUUGCUCAUGUCAAAGAUAUUGAAUCUGAAAUGGUUGAAAAGGAAGAUGCAGUUGAUGGUAUAGUCAAAACAAGACAACGUCUACAGACAAAACCAAUCUUAUCCAAACCGUCAAAAGAAGACGUCAUGAAUCCUGUAGAAGCAGUUGAGACCCAAUGGCAAAGUAUUAAAGUGGCCGUACCUUAUAAACGGAAUUCUUUGGAAGAUCGUAUUAAUGACUUGGAGAAAUUUGUUGCUGAUCUUGAGGAACUAUACUUGUGGACAUCUAGCACUAAAGAUCUCAUAGAUAACGAAGCAAAUCUUGGAAAAAAAGACGACAGAUUCUUAGAGGAAAUUGAACGGAACCUAACCGACAAGAGCUCGAUGUAUGAUCAUGUUAACAUGAAGUAUGAAAAAUAUCAAGAAGAAAGCCUUUUAUCAACUAGCGCUAUUCCUAACUCGAUGCACGAAAAGUGGCGCAAAAUGAAUGCGGAUUGGGAGGCAAUUUGUCGUAUUGUUGAGCAACCUUCAAUGACGAUUGUUGUUGAGAAAACUACUGUUUCGUUUGCAACGCCAGAUAUACUUGUCUCGCACUUUGAUGAAGGUAAGACUCCAUGGCCUAAGUUUGACAAAGCUGUUUCAGAGCUUCAUGACUGGCUCUCUAUUGUUGAAGAAGUCAUUAAAAGUCAACGCAUCAUGCUUGGUAACGUUGAUGAAAUGGAACGAUUGACGAACAAACAGAAACAGUCUGUGGAGGACGAACUUCGUGGGAAACAGUAUCUUCUGAAUGAUAUUUCUGAAAUGAGUCUUAAACUCGAGGAAGAGACAGACGAUGAGUCCCAUAAGAACAUAUUGCGUCAACAGGUCCAGUCUCUCAAGGAUCACUGGCACAGGGUCCAACAGCAGUCUAAUGAAUGGUUAACACGGAUAAACCUGAUGUGGGAUUUGUGGAGACAAUAUGAACAGAUCAAAACAGAUCUGGAAGCAUGGCUUACCAAGGCAGAAGAAAAAAUGGUGAAAAUUUGGAAGGAGUCGGGAAAUACUGUCGUGGAACCGGAAGAACUACUUACAAAUCAUAAGAAUUUUGUAGAUGAAGUCGAAAGUUGGCAACCGCUUGUAGAUAGGUUGAAUGAUGUUGGCAACGAAUUAAUACGAGAAUUCCCCGAACAUAAUCCGAGUGACAUUCGUUUAACUUCACAUCGAGAUACACAACGUUACAACAAACUGGCUUCAAGUUGUGCAGAGCAUACAGACAAGUUGAGCCGUCUCGUUCAAUUUGAUGAAAGCAUGACAGAAGCACUCACUUGGCUCACUUCAACAGAAUCAAAAAUUGCUGAGUUGGAUAGUGCGGCCGAUGCAGCUGAAGAACACACCGAUCACUCCUCUUUGAAAGAAGAACUAAAAGUUUUAGAAGUGGAUAUUAACAACCACCAAGAAACUUUUGCUUCUCUAAACGAGACAGGUCAGACAGUAAUGUGUGAUCUUGAAUCAGGAGAGGUUCUUACUGCUAUUCAAUCCAAACUUGAUGAUAUAAAUGAUCGAUGGAACAGUCUCAAUGCAAGGUUAAUUGAUGUUGGACACAAACUCGAUGGAGGCGCAACGGAAUGGGCACUCCACGUACAAGAGAUAGUUGACUGGAUAAAUCGAGCUAUCCAGGAGUUGGAGGCUCAGAAACCAGUGGGCAAUGACGUUGGAACUGUCAACGUUCAACUAGAGACACAUCAGACUUUCAGAAACGAAUUGAACAAGCAACGCUUAGUUAUUGAUCGCGCAUUGGAGUCUGGGAAACGCCAUCUUGAUGGUGACAACACCUUUCAAUCAGCAUCGUCAUCGCAAUUGGAGUUUCCCGAAAUUGUUCGAAGUCAAUUGAGCAAGAUCAGAGAACGUUGGCCAGUCUUAGUGAGAAAUAGCGAAGCAUGGCAAAAGACGCUCGAGGAAGCUUUGCAGGAGAUAAAGAUGGUCCAAGAACACCUGAAAAAGAGCGUUGUUGAUCCUUGGGAAAGAGAAAUUGCUGCAAACAACGUUCCAUAUUACAUCAACCACAAUACAGAGACGACUCAGUGGGAUCAUCCUAAAAUGACUGAUCUCUAUCAUCAAUUCGUUGAAAUAAACGAUGUCAUUUGGAGUGCUUAUAGAACGGCAAUAAAAUUACGAUGCAUUCAGAAAGUUGUUGGAUUGGAUAUGGUUGACAUAAACGUCGUCAUCGAGGCUUUCAAGUCUCACAAUCUUUGUGGUUCUCAUGAAGACAUAAUUGGAGUCUCAGAAAUGGUGGAAAUUUUAACUUCGAUCUUUGAAAAACUUGAACAGAACAAUGGACAGACUGUCAAUCUUCCUUUGUCAAUUGAUCUCAGUUUGAACUGGAUAUUGAAUGUUUAUGAUAGUGGCCGUAUCGGUAAAAUUCGAGAAUUUUCAUUCAAGAUUGGUUUGAUCUGCUUCUGUAAAGGGUCUCUGGAUGAGAAGUAUGAAAAUCUUUUUUCUCUUUUUGCUGAUUCCUCUGGUCAAGUGUCACCGAAAAAAAUGGGAUUACUCCUUCAUGAUCAAUUGCAGAUUCCUAAACAACUUGGCGAGGCUGCAGCAUUUGGUGGCAGUAACAUUGAACCGAGUGUAAGAAGUUGCUUUGAAUGGGCCAACAAACCAGAAGCUGUUACAUUAAAUCAAUUUUUGCAAUGGCUUGCAAAUGAACCACAAAGCGUGAUUUGGUUGCCAACACUUCAUCGUUAUGCAAGCUCUGAAGGCGUCAAGCAUGAAGCAAAAUGUCAAAUCUGUAAAGAAUAUCCUAUUGUUGGUCUUCGCUUCAGAUCUCUUAGGUAUUUCAACUACGACCUCUGCCAAAGCUGUUUCUUCUCUGGGAGAACAUCACGAGAUCAUUUGAUCGCACAUCCAAUGCAUCAAUAUUGUCUUUCGACAACAGGAUCAGAAGAUGUGAAGGAUUUCUUUAAAGUUAUCAAAAAUAAAAUGAAGCCUCGAAAAUACAAGAAUAAAUCUCCAAAGAAUCUUGGAUAUCUUCCUGUUCAAACGAUCAUGGAGGGCCCUAAUCUGGAGUCACCACUUUCCCCUCCCUCGAGGAAUAAUCAGAAUAUACAUACUAAAAUGCAAAUGCAUGCCAAACGGCUGCCUGAUCUUGAAGCUACAGAAACAGACGGCGCGUCACAGACGAAAGGAAAGAGUUUGGACUCGUCUUCUAUUCCCAAUCAAGUGCAGAGUCCUGCUCAGAUAAUGAAAGAGCUGGCUGAAGAAGAGAAAGAGGACUUGGAUAAGACUAUUGCUGAUCUUGAAGAUGAAAAUAGAACUCUUCUUGAGGAACUUUCCCACUUGAAGUCAUUGACUACAAGUCGUGAUGAUCAUCAACAAGAUCGUGAUGGUCAUCAACAAGAUAGUGAAAAUGAUGUCAUUGAUGAGAUCAAGCUUUUGCAACAACAUAAAGCACGUCAUGAAUCACGUGUGGAAGUGUUAGAAGACCACAACAGACAAUUGCAAGAACAAUUAGAAAAAUUGAAACAACUAUAUGAACAGCGAUUUGAAAAAUCCACCUCACCCACUAGCCAACCUGUCUCAAUAGAAAGGCCUGAUGACAACAACGAUUCUACUGCUGGUGAAAAUGAUGAUCACGGGGAAGCUCCAAUUGAAUUAGGUUAUGUUUAAAAUGAACACGUUCAUUCGAAAACGACGAUUGAACUGUUUUAGCUUUUUAAAUGAUAAUACUUUACUUCACAUUGCUAUUUAAAGACUUAAAUAUUUAUGUUUGUAUUGAUGUAACCAUGGUAAUGCCGCACAUACAUUCAAAGUUGUAAUAUUUAGAUCGUUUUUAUAUUUACGUAUUUUGUUCUUUA